AGUACUGUUGCUGAAAUUAUUUUCUCAUUAAAGAGAAACAUUAAAAAUAUGAUUUAUGAAAAAAAUCAGUGUUACUAUUGUCGAAACGUGGGGCACAAGUAUACCAAUUGUUUAUCGAAACGACAAAUAGAUCAAGAUAAUGAACUGAUUCUUUUUACAAAAAUGUGGAUGCUUUAUAAGAAAUUACUCCCUUCAAAGAAAACUAAUGAAAAUAGAGACAGAUUAGUUAUGAAAAUUAAAAAAAUUUUAAGCAACGAAUGGCCUGAUCAUGAAAUAGAAGUUCAUUUGUUUGGAUCAUCUGUAAAUCUUCUUGGAACAUCAACAUCUGAUGUUGAUUUAUGCAUUACGACACCAAGUAGAGAGUUAGAAAACAUAUCUGUACUGUUUGUGAAGUUGCAAAAAUAUAAUAUGAAAAUAACUGAAUGUGUUACCAAUGCUAAAGUUCCUAUUGUUAAAUUUUUGGAUCCUACGCUAUAUGUAACUGUUUACUUCUAUGCUAACUUUUAUUAUUGUUUAACUUAUGAUAAGGCCUUACUUAAUACAAUGUUAAUAAAGUCGUAUGUAAAUUUAGAUCCAAGAGCUCGCUCUUUAGUAAUGACAAUAAAACAUUGGGCACAAAUUCGAAAAUUAAACAAUGCUGCUUGCGGAACCCUAUUAUCAUAUACUUGGACAUGUAUGGUUUUAAAUUUCCUUCAAAUGCGUAAUCCUCCAAUUUUACCAGUAUUAAAGGUUAAUAGAAAAAAUGAAGAUAUUGAAUUGUUGAAAGUCGGUUACAAAAAUAAUGAAUUGAUUGAAGAACUUUUUAAUAUAGAAAGGAAUCUUGGAAAUGGAGUGAGUUAUGAUGGUUUUAAAAAAAUUAGGAAGGAAUUUCGUAGGGCAGUAAGAAUUCUUUAUAAAGCAGAUCUCAAAGUUUGUUGCCAAGCACUUACACCACAAGCUGAAAAGUAUGAAUAUAAUGAUGACAGAUCUAAUAUAAUUACUAAUAUAAUUACUACACCACUAGAUGAGAUUUAUGAGUGUGAAAAUGAUGAUGAUGGAUCUCUUGUAAUUACUUCGGAAGCUUUAAGUAAAGCUAAA